GUAAAAAACAAAUGGCAUGACAAACCGAACCAUAUUGCUACUUCAAUGUCCAGUGCACGUGACCUUUGACCUUUUGACCCCAAAAUCGAUAGGGAACAUCUUCAUCUCAUGGGUAGUCCAUAUGUAUGAUAUGGUGACUGUAGGUGGAAAGGAUAACGCUUUAGAGCCCGGAAACCAUAUUGCUACUUCGAUGUCCAGUGUGCUUGACCUUUGACCUUUUGACCCCAAAAUUGAUAGGGAACAUCUUCAUCCCAUGGGUAGUCCAUAUGUAUGAUAUGGUGACUGUAGGUGGAAAGGAUAAUGCUUUAGAGCCCGGAAACCAUAUUGCUACUUCGAUGUCCAGUGCGCGUGACCUUUGACCUUUUGACCCCAAAAUCGAUAGGGAACAUCUUCAUCCCAUGGGUAGUCCAUAUAUAUGAUAUGGUGACGGUAGGUGGAAAGGAUAAUGCUUUAGAGCCCGGAAACCAUUGCGUCUACAGACGGACGGACGGACGGACGGACAGACAGACGGAUAACCCGAUUCCUAUAUACCCCCCCCCCCCCCCCGCAACUUGUUGCGGGGGGUAUAAAAAGGACAAUAGUAUCAGACUCUGUGUAGAUUAUAGAGCUCUCAAUACGAAAACGAUAAAGGAUGCGUACCCUUUACCGAGGAUAGAAGAAGCAUUAGAUGUGUUGAAUGGAGCCAAAUACUUCAGUAGCAUAGAUCUGAUACAAGGAUAUCAUCAAGUGGCCGUCAAAACUGAGGAUAUUCCAAAGAUUCCAUUCCGAGUAGGAACUGGAGGACUGUUUGAGUAUGUGAGAAUGCCGUUCGGUUUGUGUAACAGUCCGGCAACGUUCCAAAGACUGAUUGAAGCGUGUCUCGGUGAUGAAAACUUUGAUAUUCUUGUUCUGUAUUUAGAUGACAUUUUGGUAUUUUCACGGACUAUAGAAGAACACAUUCUUAGACUGGACAAAGUGUUUACCAAACUUAAGUUACAUGGACUUAAAGUGAAAAUGUCAAAGUGUCAUUUCUUCCAGAAGGAGGUUAGGUUCUUAGGACAUAUUGUAUCCGAGAACGGAGUCGCAACCGACCCAGAUAAAACAACAGUAAUGCAAUCAUAGCCCAUUUCAGUCACUGAAAAACAACUACGUUCAUUCCUUGGACUGGCUAGUUAUUAUCGUAAGUUUGUACAGGGAUUUGCCAGUUUCGCAUCUCCUCUCCAUUCCUUAUUGUCUAAACCGAAAAACACCCAAAUUGAAAUCUGAACAAUUUCAAGCACUAUGGAUUGAAGAGUGUAUUCAGGCAUUCAAAACAUUGAAAGAGAGACUUACGACUGCACCAGUGUUGGGAUUUCCUGAUUUCACUCGAGAAUUCAUCUUGGAGACAGACGCUAGUCUUUGAAGGUCUUGGAGCCGUUUUGUCGCAAGAGACACCAAAUGGUAAAGUAGUGAUUGCCUACGCAUCAAGAUCACUCAGGAAAGCAGAGAAAAACAUGGAGAAAUAUAGUUCUAUGAAACUGGAAUUAUUAGCACUCAAGUGGUCAGUUAGCGAAAAAUUUUGGGACUACCUUCUUGGAUCGAAAUUUAUUGUGUAUACUGACAAUAAUCCGUUAAGUUAUAUCCACAAACCCAAGCAGCGUGUUGACGCAACUACAAUGCGCUGGAUCAGAGAAUUGGCUCAGUUCAACUUCUCGGUGAAAUACCGUUCUGGAAGGGUCAAUCGAAAUGCGGAUGCGCUGAGUUGACGACCUAUUUCAUCGGAGAUAGAAAGUGUUGUGGAUACUCUAAACAGGAUUACGCAGAGUACAUCGUUGAAGGUGUUAAAGGGAAGCGUGAACUAUAUUGAUGAAGAAGCAGCUAACGUUCAGUUGCGUUCCGUGUGUGCGACAGCUACAUUACCUGAAUUUAUCCCAACAGACAUUGCGGCACUUCAGGAACAUGAUCCGGUCUUAAGUAGAGUCCGUUAUUGGAUGGAUCGAGACGAUAAAUCGUCAGUCUCUGACUUGAAACAGGAGCACAAAAGUGUCAGGAAACUACUUAAUCAAAGAGACAGACUAUUUGUUGAGAACUCUGUGAUAUUCAGGAAAAUUCAGGAUGAAACAGGAGAACAGAAUCAGCUUUUGCUUCCGGAAGUUCAAAAACAAAAAGUUCUACAGAGUGUUCACAAUCAUGCGGGACACCAAGGCAUUGAAAGGACAUAUUCAUUGCUAAAGAAAAGAUGUUUCUGGCCAAGCAUGCUACAAGAUGUUCAAAAAUGGUGCAAGUCCUGUGAGAGAUGUUUGAUAGCUAGGGAAGGCUCCCCUUCCUGCCAUCAACCCCCCAGUCAGCAAUCUUAUGGCAUACAAACCCUUAGAAAUUCUCGCUAUUGAUUUCACAGUGUUGGAAAGGUCGUCGGAUGGACGCGAAAACGUGUUAAACAUGACGGACAUAUUUACCAAAUUUACGCAAGCUGUAGCUUGCAAGGAUCAAAAAGCAACAACUGUGGCAAAAAUCCUUGUUAAAGACUGGUUUGUCAAGUUUG